GUUUGCAUUUCCUACAUAGCCUUCCAUUGUGACCACUAACAUAAUCAAAUUAUCAAAUCAUCAAAGUCAUCACUACAGUAGCUAUCAUGGAUUUCGUCGAAGUUGCCAUCAUCGGAGGAGGUCCAGCUGGACUUACCGCCGCCGGUGCUCUCGCACGCCAACUCCACACUGCUGUGGUUUUUGACACUCAGACCUACCGCAAUAAGAAUUCAACUCACAUGCAUAUGGUUCCUACCUGGGACCACAAGGACCCUAAAGACUUCAGAGCCGCAACCAAAGAAAGCAUCUUGGCGCGCUACUCAACUAUCCAAUUUCUCGACAUUGGUGUCACGAGCAUCGAGAAAAAAACCGAUAGUCACUUCGUUCUUGUCGACGCGAAUGCGAAGGAAUGGAGCUUUCGAAAGAUCAUCCUGACUAUUGGCAUGACGGAUACCUUUCCCGAUAUUGAGGGCUACGCUGAGCUCUGGACAAAGCGAAUUUUUCAUUGCCUUUUUUGUUUUGGUUACGAAGAUCGCGGUGCGAAAUCUACUGGUGUUCUCGUUGUACCUCCCAUCAGUCCCAUGACAGGCAUCCACAUGGUUAUAGCAGCAAAUGCAGCCCAGCUCAGUUACGAAGUCACUCUGUACACUCAUGGCGACGAGGCUCUAGCCGAACAACUCAGUCCACUCGCUAAAGCCCCAUUCAAGAUUGACACACGCAAGAUCCAACGCCUCGUUGACAACGGCGGCUCUUCGAUCACAAUUCAGUUCACAGAUGAUUCUGUAAAGGAAGAGGCGUUUUUGGUUCAUAACCCGAAGACAACAGUUCAAGGUCCGUUUAUUGAGCAACUAGGUCUUGAUGUUAGUCCUACAGGAGAUAUCUUGGCGCCACCUCCAUUUCAUCAAACUAGCGUGCAAGGAGUGUUUGCGGCUGGUGACUGUAUCACUCCCUACAAGGCUACUCCGGCUGCCAUUGCCAGUGGUUGCAACUCGGCUGUGGCAUUGACUGCGCAGUUACAGGCCGAGAAACAUAGCUUUCCGCCAUUGUUCUAGUGGAAAUCAAACUAGGCAUUUGACUUCCAUGUCAGAUGUGGAUCAAACACGUGGGGUUCAUUCUCGUACAACGUAGUCAGAAGAAUACAUCAUUUUUGUUUAAUUUAUUGAAUGUGUUGCA